AACUGCACCCGGGUUGCCUAGGUUUCCUAACGCAGCUGCGGCCUGCGAUUUUCUGAGCCUGAAGCCCCGCGAGCACCGGCUAUGCUGCGUCCCGCAGCCGUGGAGGGUUGCGAUGGAAGGCCAUAAGAAAAGAACUAAAGAUGACACUUGGAAAUCAGAUGAACUAAAGAAGCAUCUUAAGGCAUCUCGAUUGGAUAGUCAGUCUGAAGACAAGAGGCAUCAUCAGAAAAAACCACGAGACGGAGGCAGAAAUGAAGAUGAUGACGAUGGUGGCAACAAAGUGGGUUUGCAGAAGGAUCCAGAGAAGGACAGAGUCAAAUUAAAAGAAAAAGGAGAAAAAAUCAGAUUUAAAUCAAGUGAAAGACACAGAGAGGAAAGGAAAGAGAAAGGAAGAGAGAAAGAUCAUCCCAGAGAACGAGAGAGAGAGAUCAAAGUGAAUGAUGAAAAAGAUGCCAAAGAAGAAAAAUACAUCUCUGGAAAAAGUGGCGAAAGGCACAGUGGUAAAGAGAGGGAUAGAAAACCUAAAAAAGAUGAACCCAACCAAACACUGCCACAGAAUAGUGUGGAGACUUGUAGGGAGAGGGAUAAAGAGCACGAGAGGAGGAGGAGGAGGAGAAGCAGCCAGGAUAACCCUGAUCAUUCAAAAAUAAAAGAUGAAGAAAGAGAAAGAAAGCAACAUUCAGAGAGAAAGAAGGAAGCUAGUUCAGGGGAGGUUUUGUCGAGCAGAGAUGAAGAACGCGAGCAGAGGCACAAAUCGCGCAAGGACGAAGAGCCAGACAAGGAGAAGAGAAGACGCCAUAGGGAGAGGAAAGAGCACAAACCCUCCAUUGCGGAAGAGAAGGAGAAGCAUCUGAGAUUAAGAAAUCCCAAGGAUGGGGAGGAAGCUCGUGUGCCUAGGAAACAUAAAGAGCGAUCCCACCGUGAGGAUAGGUACCCCAAGGAGAACAGUGAAAGACGAGAGGAAGAGGAAGGUGAAAAAAGGAAGAGAGACCACAAGCACAGCGAGCGCAGGAACGAAGGGAAGAGGGGCAAAGAGGAAGCAGACCGUCUACCUGAAAGGCAUACAAGAGAAGAAAUAAAGAAACAUGGCAAGAGUGAAAGAGAGGAUGGGAGACGAGAGCACCACAAAAAUGAUGACUCCUCAGCACCCUGUCUCAAAAGGCAAGCAAAUGAAGAAGGUGGAGAAAACGAACUGAAAAAGGAAACCUCUUACGAAGAUUAUAAUUAUUCUGUGAAUUAUGAAGAUGAUUUUGAGGACUAUGAAGAUGAUUUUGAUGAUGAGGAUGAAAAUAGCCUGAACACUGAAAAGGAAAAAGGAGAAGCAGGAGGAGGAUUACAGAGAGUUACUGUAACUAAGAGUUCAGAAGUAGAAGAAAUUCAGAAAGCAAUUAAUGCGGAAAAUGAAAAGCUUGAGGCCUUCUUUCCCAAGUCAAGGAAGAAUGAAUAUCUUUCAAAAGACUGUGAAAAGAAACCAAGAAUAGAAAGGGAAGUGUCACCAGCUCAGUGUCCCACAUCUGGAAAAUUCAUUGAUUUCCAAAUGGCCAAACAGCGGCAAAGUAUCAGAAAAAUUGCCAGUCAACAGAAGAAACGUAGCUUUGAACUUCUCCGUCUUAUUGACCUGGACUUUUCAGUCAGCUUCUGUUUGUUGGAUUUGCCUCCAGUAAAUGAAUAUGAUAUGUACAUUCGAAACUUUGGGAAAAUAAAUACCAAGCAGGCUUAUGUGCAGUGGAAUGAGGAUAAUCUGGACAGAGACAUUCAGACAGAAGAAAUAGAGACGCAAGAAAAAUGGACACAGCAUCCUGGAGAAGCCGCCCUUGUAUCUGGAGGUCCCAAAAGCAGCCAUGAUGUAACUGCCGUUACGCCAAAGAUAGAUUCCCAGAGACUAGCAAACUUCCUGCGAUCUGCUUGUCAGGUGAUAGAAGUUUUACUUGAGGAAGAUCAAGUAGCAACGCAGCCCAGGCGGAAUUUAAGAUCACGGCCAUCCAGCCUGUCUAUUAGUGACAGGUGCUUCCAGUUAAAUACAGAUCUUCCCUUCCUGAAUGCUCGGAAGGUAUCCUGUCUGCAUAUCUCACAGGCUCAGCGGCAGGCAUUGCUUUCGGUUCAUGGGUUACCUGAAAACUCAAAUGACCAACCCCUGGAUAGCAAGUACAUCAUCUGUGUGUGGAAUGUUUGGCAGCCUUCUAGUCCUCAGAAAGUAUUGCUUUGUGAGUCACAGGUGACAUGUUGCUGCUUUAGUCCUUGUAAAGCUACUUUGGUGUUUGCUGGAACAGUUGAUGGGUCAGUGCUGGUGUGGGACCUCAGAGAGGACUCAAGAAUGCACCAGUGCGUGAAAGUUAAUGAAACAGAUUGGACAUUUCGAUCUCCAACGUUUUCUACUGAUGGAGUGUUUACCCCAAUAAACCACACUUGUCCUGUAUUGACCAUUGAACCUGUCUCAACAUCUGUCUUCAAGGAGCAGAACUGUGGGCUCUCCUAUCUCUCUGUUCAGGAAGAAAUGCUUGGACUUUCAUUUCAGAUUGCUUCAAUGGAUGAAAAUGGGACUCUCAGUCUGUGGGUGGUCGCUGAACUUCAGAAAGGGGAUUUGGCUGGCUCACAAAAUGAUUUAGGGUUAAUUCCUGGGGGAAAAAUUAAAUUGGUUCAUAGCUCUACUGUUCAGCUGAAUUGCAGCAUUUCUCCAAAAGAUUACACAUUCCUGGGGGUGCCCCAGACACUGAACAUUAAAUUUCUGCCUUCAAACCCUAAUCAUUUUGUUGUUGGAACAGAUGUUGGUGUGGUGAGCCAUGGCACAAGGCACGAGCUGAAAAUCCCUCCCAAGUGGUUCAAACCCGAGCAGGGGGGACCAAGAUCAACCCGAGUUAACGCAAUUGAUUUUUCACCUUUUGGAAAGCCAAUCUUCUUGGUGGGCUGUUCAGAUGGGAGCAUUAGACUGCAUCAAAUGGCUUCUGAGCUUCCACUUAUGCAGUGGAACAACAGCACAGCGGGGCAGCCAGUAAUCGCCCUCCAGUGGGCUCUAACCAGGCCAGCUGUGUUUUUUGUUUUGGAUGCCAGAUCUGUAGUUUAUAUUUGGGAUCUCUUGGAAAACGAUUUGUCACCUGUAGCCAACCAGCCGAUCUGGUCUGAUAAGGUUAUAACGAUGGCUGUACUGGGUGAGCCUGAAAAACCAAGUGGCGUUCUGGGGAUAGCGCUUGCCAAAGAAUCUGGAAUAAUAGACAUUAAGUAUGUCAAGAAGAAGUGGGCCCUGCCUCAGCCAGAAGAGGCUGAGAAGUUAAACCUGCUUUUGCAACAGGCCUUGUAAAAUACGAACAGACGCCGGUAUCUGAAUGCACAAAUAUGGCUUGAUGGCUUUAGAUGAAUUAGUUAAUAUGAGAGAUUUAGCAGGAUGUUGCGUGGCUGAAAUAUUUUUUUAAUUCCUUUUUGUAAAUAGUAUUUAUAUGUUUUAAGAGGUCUCAACACAGUAUUUGGACUUGAGCUAGAGGACAUUUUUGUGAAACUCAAAUAUUUAUGAAGGCAUCCCUUUAAAAGAGAAAGAAAUAUAUUUGCUUCAAAUAUGCUAUGUACUGUAAAUCUUUAUACAUAUUUUUGGAAUAAAACUGAACAUAUAGUCCCAUGAGCUUGGAUAUAAAU